AAUGAGUGAAACUAGUUAGAAGAUUUCGGUGAGAGGCAACAUAACUCUUAGUUUAUCAGCUCCCAUCUACAUCUUACUCUUUCAUAUUUUUAUUAUUGCUUUUUAAAGUUAGAAAGUUAUAAUUAAUAAAAAAAUGAAGAAACGACAGAAAUGCAAAUCAAUUAGUGAAUAUCUACGCACGUUCAUAGCAAAACUUGGAAGGAAGAUUGGACAACACCCGUAUUAUUUCAUCAUUGUUCCUUGCAUUAUGUGUGCUUUACUGUCGAUUGGAUUGAUAAAUACGAAAUUUAUCGGUGAUAAUAAUUACUUAUUAGUACCAGAUUCUGGAAAAAUACACGAAGUCAAACAAUUUAUAGAUAAGACGUUCCCAUUUAACACUUCGGAAUUAUACGAUUUCCAAAGAUUAACUCAUCGUCCUAAAACAGCCGCAAUCUACAUAAAAGAGAAGAAUAAUAGAAACAUGUUACAGAAGAAUAUUUUACUAGAAAUUCAGUCAUUAAACGAAAUUGCAAGAAACGUGACAGUGUACGCUGAUGGAAGACAAAUUGGUUACAAAGACAUAUGCGGAAUGACUUAUGGAAAAUGCUUUGAAAAUCCGAUUUCUGGUUUAUUGCAUAAUUUGGAUGAUGUCAUUUCUAAAAAAUUGAAAAUCAAGUAUCCAAUAGAUAUAGAUCCCCUCACGUUCACAUACAAAAUAAUGUUUCUGAAUGUAGGAGGUGUAACUCUUGAUGCUGAUGGAUACAUUAAAGAAGUAAGUGCUUUACGUUUAUUGUAUCCAUUGGACGAAAAUAACAGCACUAAAAUAGAAUGGAAUGUAGCGUGGACCGAAGCACUCUUUAAAUUGAUAAAGGAACACAAUUUCAAGUAUAUUGAGACUUUUUCGGAACCGUUCAGUUCGAGCGAAUAUGAAACAAUGUUAAACACCCAGAAUUCAAAGUCAUUAAUAAGCGUCACAAUAAUUGUAAUUUGUAUCUUCUGCAUAUUGAGCAACAUGACUAACAGUUGGACCAGAAGCAAACCCUGGAUGGGUGUAGCCAGUAUCAUUUCUACCGGUAUGGCUGUAACCGCUUCGUUUGGUUUAUUAUUUGCUUGUGGAGUGGAAAAUAUUAUUUACAAUAUUGCCAUACCCUUUGUUAUUCUAGCAACUGAAAUAGAUGAUACGUUCGUUGUAAUUGCCUGCUGGCGAACGAGCAAUAUCUACGAUAGAGUUGAAAAACGGAUGGAAGAUACUUACUCUAAUGCAGCAGUAUCCAUAACAAUAACAUCGUUAACGAAUUUCUGUUCUUAUUGUGUUGCUAUGAAUUCUCCAUUUCCUGGUGUUAGAAUUUUCUGCGCGUAUGCUGCCACUUGCAUAUGUUUUUCGUACUUUUUCCAGUUAACAUUUGUCGGGGGGUGUCUAGCUUUGAGUGGAUAUAGAGAAGAAAACGGUCUUCAUCCGUUUACAUUUAAACCUGUUAAAGAUUUGAACAUCAAUUACUGUACUAAUGAAGAUAUUGAGCAUCACGACAUCUUUAUGAAAUUCUUCAAGAAUAAAGUUGCAGAGUUUAUCUCUCAUUCCUUGAUUCAAAUAAUUAUUAUUUUACUGUAUAUCAUUACUCUAUCGCUUGGCAUAUGGGGAAUUAUCUCAUUGAAAGAAGGCUUCAAUGUCUUCACAUUUUUCCCUGAUAAUUCCGAAUUUACUCAAGCAUUUCGAGUAUAUUAUAAAUAUUUUACUGAGUAUCCAUUUAGUAUUCAUAUAAUCAUUAACGAAACAUUGGAUUAUUCAAAUCCUAUUGUUCAGAAAUCAAUAGAAGAUAUUUUAGAAAAAUUCGAAUCGCAUCCGAACGUUGAAGAUAUGGAUAUAUCUUGGUUGAAGUAUUACAAAGAUUUUCAACAUCAUUCAGCAGCGAAAUAUUCUUUUAUGGGAUACGAUUUAUCUAUUAAACAAGAUUUCAUCGAUGCUUUAAGAAAGAUUUACUUAAAGUUUCCAGGAGCUAAAAUGUAUAAGAAUGAUAUCGUGUUUAAUAAUAAUUAUACAGAAAUUAUUUGUAGUCGUUUCUUUCUGUUAGCAAGAAAUGUUUCGAACAGAAUUACCGAAUUAAAAAUAAUUAACGAUUUACAGAAGAUUGCAGAAGAAUCUUCUUUCCCUGUUAUUGUCCAUACUAUGAUAUCUCCAUUUGUAGAGCAGGGAAUUAUUAUUAAAGCUGUAAGUUUUCAAUUCUUUUGGAUAACUUCAGUAAUAAUUCUUGCAAUUUUUAUAUGUUUUAUUCCUAAUUUGUUGUAUGCAUUUAUUGUUUCUUUAUGUAUUUCGUCCAUCACAGUACAAACGAUAGGUUUUAUGUCUUUAUGGGGGAUUAAUUUAGAUAUCGUUUCGUUAAUGUGCAUUAUACUCUGCAUAGGAUUUUGUGUUAAUUAUCCAACUCAUAUUUGUUACUCUUUCGUAACCUCCCCUAAUAAAACGAUCAAAGGAAAGUUGAAAGAUAGUUUAUAUCACGUUGGAUUUCCUAUAUUUCAGGGUGCAUUUUCUACAAGUAUCGGUUUGUUGAUCCUCUUAUACUAUAAUUUCUUCCUGUCUAUAACAUUUGUAAAAAUAGUUAUUAUAAUUGCUGUAGAAACUGCAUUUCAUGCCUUAUUCGUUAUUCCUGUCAUACUUUCUACAGUUUUGUCAUUACAUAAAAAGUUUCAAGAGAAAGAAAAGCACUUAUUCAAUUUAGCACUGUCAACAGGUUUUAAAUGAUUAAACACUGUAAAUUAUAUCAGUUUUAUAUCAAGAAACUUAAAAAAAAACUUAUUAUUCUAACUUAAAAUAAGAUUAGACUGUUACUUUUAGGAAACCAACGCUUUAAGUUUAAAUUUCGAAACGUUUUAGGCCAUUCUAUGCCCUUUACAAUGUAUUAUAGAUAAUACCAUUUUAUGUUAGGUGCCCAUAAAUGGGUAGAAAGUGUAAUAAACUGAUCCUUAGACUAAGAAUAUAUAUAGAUAAUCGUUAUAAUUAUAACAUGGUAAUAAACAAAGCUUUCAUUUAAGACUCACUACACUGUCCUAUAUGGAGGAAUACUUAUGGCACCCCUUGAUACCAAAGCCAUCUUUAUUACUAGUAAAAAAUAAGUAUAAUAACACAUAUUGCAUGAGUUCAAUUAAGUAAUUCUGAAGUACCACAACCACUUUGAAGUGGCACCCAUAUUCUGAAAAUCCUAACUGAUUAGAUUCAUGAAUCUUUCUGUAUCUAAAAAUCAUUUAAUUAAUGAAGAAUUCUAUGGGAAAUGUUUGUUUAU